AACGUUUAGAUCUACUUUUUUUUUUAAACUAAAAAGUCCGAACGCCCCCUACGUAAAAUAUUGUUUUCCUACUUUCGGUUUGACAAAGUACUACUUUCUUUUUCACGACUAUGGAGAAUGAAACGAAAGUUAUUGAAAUGUUAUCAGAUACCAAGGCGAAACUUGAUGAUAUCAAGGAUCUGAACAGAGAAAUCCAUAACGCACUUGAUCUGAUAGAAGAGCGUAGAAAUAAACAGAAAACUGAAGCUCACAUGCCAAGAAACAAGGAUGCGUCAGGUGAGAAUGCGAGCAAAAGUAGUGUACCAGAUGACAAAGUGGCUUUUACACCUGGUGAAACAAGUACUGACACAGCCGCCGUAGUUGAAGUCGAAAGGAAAGAGGUAAAGGAACAGCUCGACACUGAAUCACCACACACUGAAAAACGCCCAAGAGAAGGCAGUACUGAUGAUAUGAACAUUAAGCCGAAGGGUAUUUUAAAAGUGUGCAAGGAAGGAUCUAAACUUUCCUAUGGUUUCAAAGAACGCUUAGACUUAAAUGUAGACCAUGUAAUGUAUGGGAGUCAGUUACGAAGAAAUGCGGUUGAAAUGCACCAGGAUAAUAGAUUAUGUCUACAGUUUGGACUGAACCAUAAUAUCGGCAGUGAAUACGAAAGUAAAAGACCUUUCCCUGGUGAUACAAAAGAUGCGGUUGUGCCAAAGCCGCCAGUUCACACAAAUAAUCAGCGCAGCAAGCAGGUGACAUUGCAAGGACCAGAGACAAAUGUUGUUAAAACACCAAAAACAAAUGACAGGCGGGGUACUUCAGCUAGUAAAUCUAGCCACGGUCACUCAACGGGGUCUAGGACAGCUACCCAACCUGAUAAGCAUGAACGGCAAAGGAAAGCGAAGGCUGUACGAAAACAGUCUGAACCAAAUUCUGAUAUUGCUGUGGUACAACGGAACACGAACAUGGGCCGAGCUCGGGGACAACAAGAGAAAGGCGAGCAGAAGGUGGACAUGUUAUCAGAACUAAUGAAAAUGGGAGGCAAUCCUCUUCUGACAGGACAGAUAACCAAGGCUGACUGGAUAAACAUGAUAACCGAAUGUUCAGAUGUACAUGGUAUGGACGAGGAACAAAAACGACAGAUGUAUGAAACCGUAGCGGAUACCUUCUUUGGGGAAGGGCAGAGCUUUAAUAUAGGAUACUUUUUCAAUAUGUCUAAGGACCAGUUUAUGGAAAAGAUAAUGCAGAUGUGGCAAGUUGAUCAAAGCAUUGGCGAAAGAGAGAAAAGGCUUAUUGCAGAUGAACUUUCCAAGAAUUUCUUUGACGAGAACGGGAAAAUGGACUUGUUAAAAUGUGUAAAAGAAGCACAACCGUUUAUGAAAGGGGGGUUGCAGCAGUUCCAGUCUGUGGUUGUUAAAGCAUUAGAAGGCAAGACAGCAGACAGCCCAGAAGUCCAAAGUGAAGACAGUGACACUCAACAAGACGAAGCGUCCUUUCAAACUAGCGUUCCAGUUUUACAGCGUAAGAAGGAGGCCAGUGAUGAUGAUACCGAAAACAAUACCGAAGUAGAUCGACUUGACAUAGACCCUGCACUCUGGACGCAGUAUGCAAAUGAAGAGGUCCAGAAGGGUCGUGUGGCACAGGAUGUACGUGAAAAGGGAAUGGAUAGUAUCAUUUGUGUUGAUCUUUCACACUCUAUGAGAGGCGCUGCUUGGCAACAGGCUACUACGUUUAUUAAGAACUUCGUUGAAGGAAUUCAGAACUCGACGUUGAUGGACGCGGCCUAUGAACACAUUGCCUUAGUGACGUUUGGCAGCGAAACACGAGUGCAACAACAUUUAACAUGUGACUAUGUGGAAAUCAUAAGAAAGCUUGAUCGUCUCAAACCAAGCGGUCCUUCCCCGAUGUACGCCGGUCUACAGAUGGUACAUGCCGCUAUACUUGGAGCAGGAAUGGUAUUCAAAUCAAAUGGAUACAAAAUGUAUCCGCGGGUAUUUUUGAUUACCGACGGGAAAGCAACACCAGUCGGCAUGAUUGCUGGACCAGAUCAAUGUUUGCCAGACCAGUUGCUACAGGAACAGUUACCCAUACUGGAUGUGGUAAAGACGAUCCAUGAUAAAUACCACGUGACCUUUAAUCCGGUACCAGUGGGAGAUUUCAAUUUGUCGAUCUUGGAGAAUAUUGUAAAGAUUUCAAAAGGGAAAAUAAUUUCACCAGAGGACUGGAGACUGCAAUCAAGAGUGUUUAAGAAUUACUUAGCUGCAGCUAAAGUUUGCGGAGGACCAUUUGCAAAGUUUCUUGCACCCGGAUUAUCUAGUAUGAUGUUAGGUGCUAUUGAAUGUUCCCCAGAGGAUAAGCUUCAGAUGGAAGAGUUUAUUCGCACUCACGGACAGGAGGAUGACGAAGACUCAGAAGACCAUGAAGAAGACGAUUUCCCGCCAUUAGGGUCACGCAUUCGUCUUCACGUGCCUGGAGCAACAAUAAUGGCGGAGUCAAAACAGGCACUUGGAACAGUGACAAAGCACUUUACUGAUGGGCAUAUUGGUGUCACCUGGGAUCAGCCAAAUGCGCAGGGUUCCAUUAGAGAGAAGAUGAUGUAUCAAGAUAGUCUGAGAAGUGUCACUGUUACUGAUGAGCCACGUGUUCUUCAUGAAGAAAUGAUAGCUGAAGGAUGCCGCGUGAAAAGAGGGAAAGACUGGAGAUAUCCUGAUCAGGACGGAGGUGCUGGAAAUUUAGGAUAUGUUUAUUCCGUAAAACAAAAUGGCAUAGUCAGCGUUCGUUGGGAUAACGGUGAUAAGUACACUUACAAAUUUGGAGCUGAAGGCAAGUUUGAUCUGGAAAUUGUUGGCCAUAACGAAGAAAUUAUAAAGAAAGAAGAAGUUAGUGUUGAAGAAAUAGUUCCAGCUGAUGAAGAAUCGGAAGAAAAGAGAGUACAGAAAAUGAAUGAGAGGAACAGAUCCAUAUAUGACAGUGAGAAUUCAGAGAAGCUGGAAAUAGAGGGUGCUACAGCGCAACCACUAAGACAACAGCCUGACAGGGAUGGUGGAGAAAGUUUAAAUAAAACGAAAAGAACAGGAAUUCAAAAUGUGGAUUCAGACAAUAAAAACGGUUGUGAAAAUAUUGUAUCCAGAAGUGAAAACAUUGAUAUAGAUGAACGAAACCGUAGAAAUAUUGCAAACAGUAAUACGACAACUGUUGGAAAUCUGCAGGCAAAUUUAGAUACGAAUUUUGUAAAUGCUAUGGAAGGCAAUUCUUCAUAUACCGGUGCAAAACCAAAAACAGGUUUAUUGAAACAAACAGGUCAAGAAACAGAGAAGAGAGUACAAUGGAUGUGGCAGGAUGGGAACACUUGGCGAGAAUAUCCCCCAGAUAUCAGCGAGAAAAUAGAGACAGGAUUCAAACGGAACCCUAAAGGGACCACGCUUAUACGUCUUCAUAAUAAACCAUAUCGGGUUGUGUUUCCAAGGAUGGAGCAAGUCAAUAUUGAAACUAAAGAAAAACAUACCGUUGUAAGAAAUACCUAACUACAAAUGGCCAGGAAGCUUCAUCUCAUCUUUAACCAGUGUGAAAUUUACAUGAUGGGUUGACGUCAUUUUAACAGACACGGUGUUUAGAUUUCCUUGAAAAUAAAUUCCAUGCGUGCUAGGAACAUAUUGCUCAACACUAACGUUAAUAUCGCGUUGUGUAACUUACCGGUGGAUGCAAAACUUGAUUUUAUUGUAUGAUAAUUUGUAACAAGAAUUGUUUACUCAAUUCUGUAUUAACUUUGGUGCGGAAAAGAGUUGUAAUUAAACUGUGAUUAUUAAGGAAAUAUAAAUCAUAUGCUAUUAUUUUCUUUGUCGCAUUCUACGCUUCCGAAAGAUCUUCUUACAGUUUUUUUACAAAGGCAGUUUGGCAUAACAUGCUUGGUAUGAAUGUAACCAAUUGGGAAAAUAUAGUAGAUUGAUUUGUUGACAUUUUUUCAAAGGAUACUGGUGGUAAUGUUGUCUAUAUUAUGUGACUUUCUUAUUUAUUACAUGUGUAUACAUUUCUCGAACAAACUCGUACAAUAUUUUAUAUCAUCAUCGA